CGCGGGCAGCGCAGCGCAGCACAGCGCGGCGCGGCCGUGCCCGGGGCCCGCACGCGGCGGCGUCACAAUGGGUUGCCAGGCGGCGGCGGCGCUGGAAAGAUGCGGCCGGCGGCCAUGGCGGGGCCGUACCAGCUGUGGGGGCCAUGGUCGCCGCUGGACGAGGCGCUGCAGUGGCUGCGGGGCGCCACCCCCCGGGCCGGCCCCGCGCGGGCGCUGCGGGCGGGGCUGGAGGCGGCGCUGUGCGCGCCGGGGCCGGGGCCGGGGCCGGGGCCGGGGGCGCGGCAGCACGGCGCGAAGGAGGCGGCGGCGCCGCUCAAGCCGGAGGCGGUGCGGCUCAGCGGCCUGGACUCGGUCUUCGGGCGGGUGGUGACGGCGCAGCCGCCGCGCUGGACCGGCUCGUUCCGCGUGUCGCAGCGCUCCGCCUUCUGCCAGGUCAUCAGCCCCGGGCAGCGCUGGCCGCGCGGGCUGCGGGAGCCGCAGGUGCGCCUGGCCGUGGCCAUGUGCCGCCAGAUGCUGCGCGCCAUCCUGCUGCUCUACGCCGCUUACAAGAAGUGCGCCUUCGCCCUGCAGCACUCGCGCUGAGCCCGCCGGCCACGGGGCAGAGCUCGCCCCACGGGCGGCCAAGCCACUAGCUGCCCUCUGGCCCUGCGCCCCACUCUUCCCCACACGAAGAUGGAAAGCCUCCCAGCACCUCCAGGCUUUGCAAGAGUCACCUGGCAAACUCGCUCCCGCUUCUUUUCUCUGCUACCUGCCCAGACAUGAACGCCGCGUGCCAAGCCAGCCGACUUCACGAGGGGCCUUUUCCUUCUUUCUUCCUUAUGGUGGGAGGCCAACACUGCCUGGCAGCCGAGGUUCAGCCGUCAGCUUUCUGGCCACAAAGCAUCCCCUCCGCCUCAAAGUCAAACCCAUGUUUUCCUCUGUUGCAGCGAAUGGACAGACACCCCCACCCCUCCCCAUCAGACCAGGGCUGUGCUGGGAAACUGAGGCAUUGUGCCAGCCAGGGAGCCUAGACGCACUCUAUGCAGAAUGAUAAUUAAAAAAAAAAAAGUGUUGUUUGUUGACCACCA